GGGGGCUUGCAGGUGUUUCAGGUGCACCUUGUUAGCUUACCAUAAAACAAAGUACAGCCUCACAAAGUUCAACAGCGAACAGCAGAUAUAAACAUGGGACAGUUGUCUGGUAAAAGCAUUGCAAGGUUGUCUUCAUCAGCUUGAACACACCUUCAGUCAGGACGCUGUGGACGAAGAACACCAGAAGAGGAAGAUGGCGUCCAAGAAAGGCCUGACAGCCUUGGAGAAAAGUCUGAUUGUUCUCUUUGUGGCCAUGACCUUGGCCUACGUUGGCCUGAUCGUGGUCUAUGUCACUGAGAGAAACAACUCUGAAACUGAGAAUGAAGAAGAGGAGGUAUUGGAUUCGGGUUGUGGAAGCCUGGGACAGCUGAGCGGAGACUCGGGGGAGUUCAGCAGUGGGAAUUAUCCAAGCAACUACAAUACCGGAAUGAGCUGCAGCUGGCACAUCACUGUGGAAAACAAUAAGGUGAUCCAUUUAUGGUUCCAAGACUUUUCUCUGGAGGAUUCAGGCACGUGCAGUGCAGACUCUCUCACGCUCCGGGACAACCUGGGGAUCAUCGGGAAGUACUGCGGUCAUUCCAAGCCAAAGCCGGUCGUGUCUCUGGGAAACAGUUUGGUGGUUUACUUCGACACCAAUGACAGACAGACGGACAGAGGCUUCAAAGCCAUGUACCGCGCAGUGGACCCCGAGGCGGUUACAGAAAUAGUUGGUGCUGGUGGUGUCCUGCAGGGUGACCGUGGGGAGUUGAUGACCCCUGGCUUUCCUGAACAGAGCUAUGAGAGCGGUGUGCUCUACCAGUGGAGGAUUGUAGUGAGUGCUGGGGAGAAGGUCCAACUCACGUUUACAGCUUUUGACCUGGUGCCUGAUUCCUGUGGAGACUUUGUGGACGUCUUUGAUGGUCAUUCAGAUGGUGUUAGUGCCCCUAAACUGGGUCACUUCUGUGGAAACCAGAUGCCAGAACCAGUGGUCUCCAGUAGCAAUGAGAUGGUGGUGCGUUUUAAAAGCGACUCUGGCCAGACUGCUAAAGGCUUCAGCGCUGUCUACACUGUGGCCACUGAUCCACCAGUAACAUCAACCACCAGACCUGCAUCCACCACCACCACCUCCGCCGCUCAAACCCCUAAAACUACGCCAUCCACCACAUCUGCACCCAUAAACUCUGGCUGUGGGUCUCUUGGGACUCUUUCUGGUCGUAAAGGUGUGAUCCACUCAGUGGGCUUCCCUGAUGUGUAUCCUGCAAACCUGCAGUGUUCAUGGAACAUCAGCGUGGAUGAGGGUCUACUGGUCAAACUGCACAUUACUGACCUGGCCAUCGUGGGAGAAGCGGGACAGUGUGGCCAGGACCAGCUCACUGUGUCCGACAGCCAGCAAUCACUGGGAACACACUGCGGGUUUAUUCUCCCUCCAGUGCUUGUCAGUGUCAGUAACAGGAUGUCCCUGACUUUCCAGUCUGACGGCCGGCUGGCUGACCGUGGCUUCUCCGCCAGGUGGGAGGCUGUGUAUCCAGAGGACAUUGCCGAAAUCCAAGGCUGUGGAGGCUUCUCUUACGAGGAGAUGGGAGUCAUCAAGUCAGAAAACUGGCCCAUGAACUACCCUCCCAACAGAGAGUGCCUGUGGAAGGUGCAGGUGCCCGAGGGCAAAACCAUCACGCUGACGUUCACCCAGUUUGACAUGGAGGCGGCUGGCAUCCUGUUAGGCCGCUGCUUUGACAACGUGGUCAUUUAUGAUGGAUCACAGCCCACGGCCAAGAAAUACGGGCCUUACUGUGGUACCAGUAUCCCCCCAGUGAUCCAUACAACAGGGAAUGAGCUGGUGAUGCAUUUCUAUGCUGACUUCUUCACGGAAGCGAAGGGAUUCAGAGCGUUUUGGACCACAGAUCCGACACUGCCCGCUCCAACUGAACCGCCUGUACCACCAAACCCCUGGGAUGAUCUCCCCAUAGAAUGGCCAGAGACUUGCGGAAGGCCUGCGAUUCCCCCCAUGGUCAACGCUCGCAUAGUGAAUGGCGAGGCUGCCAAAGCUCACUCCUGGCCCUGGCAAGUGUCCAUGCAGGUUUGGCCCGAGUCCCAGCCGACCCCCAUGUUCGCCCACACGUGUGGUGGGACGCUAAUCCAUAAGCACUGGGUAAUGACAGCUGCUCAUUGCUUCAUCAGGUACGCAGAUCAACUGCAGAGAUGGCAGAUGUGUCUAGGCAAACACAACCUGACCCUGUCAGAGCCUGGACAGCAGUGCUUUGGUGUUCAGGGCAUUUACCGCCAUGAGGGCUUUAACUACCCCACCAGUCCCACCGUGGAGUUUGACAUCGCCCUGGUGCGCCUGGAUGGAGAGGUGACCCUGUCUGACCACGUCCACUUUGCCUGCCUGCCGCCCAUCGAGGAGGUGCUUCCAGGAGGAAAAACAUGCUAUGCUACAGGCUGGGGAGACGAGACAGGGAACUUCUUAGCUCCAAAAGCGUCUGAGACUCUAAACCAGGUGGCUCUUCCUGUCGUACCUUAUGACACCUGCAAGCGCAUGGACUACUGGUGGUUCCAGGUCAAAUCCUCUAUGAUCUGUGCUGGAUACAAUUUACCUGAUGAGCUCAAGUCUGUGUGUCAGGGGGACUCAGGUGGGCCCCUCGUGUGUCAGGACGGCCCCUCGGAUCCCUGGGAGGUGCACGGCAUUACAAGCUUUGGGCCCAUCGGCUGUAUCAUGAACAAGAAGCCCAGUGUGUUCACCCGCACAUCUGCCUACCUGCCCUGGAUAGAGAAUAUCAUGCGCAAGGACAUCUAUGAAGGCAUCAGUUCGGGCUGUGGUGGGCUGAAGGAGCAGACUGGUACUGAAGGUGUUUUGUCGUCUAUGAAUCACCCUCAGGGCUAUGAGAACGGCGCCCGCUGCCAGUGGAACAUCAUCGUACCUGCAGGAAAGCGCGUGCACCUGCACUUCGACACAUUUUCUCUGGAGGAAAGCCAGCUGUGUCUCAGUGACAGCGUCUCCAUCUCCGACAGCCUUGGAUCUCUGGGCACCCACUGCAGCACAUCCCCUCCAGCAGACCUGGUUGCUGCUGGCACCGCACUGACUGUCCAUUUCUCCUCCAAUGACAAGGUGGUGGACACAGGCUUCAAAGCCACAUGGAGAGCCGUGGACCCAGCAGACAUCAGUAAUCUGGUUGGGUGUGGUGGAGAAUUUGUUGGUCAGCAGGGAGAGCUCCAGUCACCCAACUGGCCCAAUAACUACCCUGACCAAGCGGCCUGCACCUGGACCAUCUCUAGCCCCUCAGCCGAGAGCCUCCACAUCGUCUUCACUCACUUUGAGCUGCAGGCGGUCAACGUCCUUGGCAAAUGUGUGGACUUUGUGGAGGUCUUUGAUGCUGCUGGGCAAAGUCAAGGUCAGUUCUGCGGCUUUUUGCCACCCAAGCUGACUGUCACCGGAGACAGAGCCACCAUCCGCUUCCGCACCAACAAGGAAGUGCAGGAAAAGGGUUUCCGUGGUUACUGGACCACUGAUCCCAACGUCUUUCCAACUCUGCCCCCUCUGGCCCCCAACCCAUGGGACGAUGUGGUCAUCAACUGGCCAGCAGAAUGUGGAACUCCAGCCAUCAGUCCCAUCACUCAUGUGGCCAGGGUGGUGAAUGGAGUGGAGGCUAAGCCUCACUCCUGGCCAUGGCAGGUGUCCAUGCAGGCUCAGUCAUCUCCAUCCACACCCUUCCAGCACGAAUGUGGAGGAUCACUGAUUCAUGAACAGUGGAUCCUCACUGCUGCCCACUGCUUUAUUGACCUCCUAACUCCUGACGUAUGGCAGAUGUGUUUGGGGAAGCACCAUCUUAACUCCAGUCUGGACGGUCCCCCUGAGACGUGUGUUUCUGUCGCUGCCAUCAUCUCCCAUGAGGGCUUCAUCUACCCUGAAAACGAUACCAUCAACGACAUUGCCCUGGUGCGACUGGCCAAACCCAUUACCAAUACUCCAGAGAUCAGCCCUGUGUGUCUGCCCAAACCUGAGGCGCUCAUGCCCGCUGGCCACAUAUGCUACGUCACUGGCUGGGGAGACGAGAAAGGCAGCCUGAAGCCUGUGGCAUCAAAGAGUUUGAACCAGGCUCCUCUGCCCAUUGUGCCCUAUGAAACAUGCAGCAAACCCAGCUACUGGUGGGAUGGCAUCCGGCCCUCCAUGAUCUGCGCCGGCUAUGAGCAACCUGAUGAGCUGAAGUCUUCCUGCCAGGGUGACUCAGGGGGUCCGCUUUCAUGCCGUCCUGAUGGCAGUGACCAGUGGGAGGUGCACGGUGUUGUCAGCUUCGGUCCUUUAGGCUGCAUCAUGAACAAGAAACCUCCAGUGUUCACCCGAGUGUCUGCCUUCAACCACUGGAUAGAGGACAACAUCAAGCGUUAUGUUUACGAAAACUCUGCAGCUGCAUGAGAUCUGAGAGAGAGAGAGAUCAGAGACAGAGAGACACAGACUAGAGGUAGAGAUAUUGCAAUAAUGGUAGCUUAUUCUGUUUUUAUAGACUUUUUAUGAAAUUGAAUGUGAAAAAGUGGUUAAACAACAGAAUAUAACAAUAUUCUGUGCAGUUUGUACUUUGUAAAGUGUAAAGCACUGUAGUUCUUAAGGGAAAAAUGUAAAACAGGUGCUGUAUUUUGCAGGUUUUUGGGUUGACAAUUAUUUAAACUGACAGUAUUCCAUAAAGUGGAAAAUGUGUUGCUUCAUCAAAAUACUAACAAUACCCCACUACGGUCAGAGAGAAAUUAGUAGACAUUAUCGCUGUAUGGUCUCUUCAGUUCCUGUAUUCAUAAUUUAUAUGAUUCAAAGUUUUAGGCUGUACGUUAUGGUAAAGUUCUUUUAAAUAUUGUUUUUUUAAAUGAUUUCUAUGAAAAAUAUUCUCCCCUUAGAAUCUUGUCUUAAAGAAAUAAAAAUUGCUUUGUUUUAGCUGGUAA